AUGGCGGCCGAGAUCCACUCGCGGCCGCACGGCACCCGGCCCCUGCUGCUCCCGAAAGGAGCCGGCCGGGCCUGCGGGCGUGUGUGUCCCCCCCUCGACAUAGAAAGACCCUGCGGGAAGGGGCCCAAAACCUGCGAGGAGGGGGCCCCCCAAGUCCUAACAAUCCGAGUAUGGCUGAAGAGAGACAGUGGGCAAUACUGGCCCAGCAUCUAUCACACUAUGUCGUCUCCAUGUUCAGCUAUGGCUUACCAUCACGACAGCAGACGAAUAUUUGUAGGCCAGGAUAACGGAGCUAUCAUGGAGUUUCAUGUUUCGGAGGACUUCAAUAAGAUAAACUUUGUGAAGACCUAUCCAGCUCAUCAGAAUCGAGUGUCUGCUAUUAUUUUCUGCCUGACAUCAGAGUGGGUCAUCAGUACGGGUCAUGACAAGUGUGUCAGCUGGAUGUGCACAAGAAGUGGGAGUAUGCUGGGAAGACAUUACUUCACUUCUUGGGCUUCAUGUCUACAAUAUGAUUAUGAAACCCAGCAUGCAUUUGUUGGUGACUAUUCUGGACAGAUCACACUUCUCAAGCUUGAGCAGAACACGUGCUCAGUUAUCACAACACUCAAAGGGCAUGAAGGAAGUAUUACUUCCCUGUGGUGGGAUCCUGUUCAGCGACUGCUCUUCUCGGGUGCCUCUGACCACAGCAUUAUCAUGUGGGAUAUUGGUGGAAGGAAGGGGCGAACAUUGCUGCUCCAGGGCCAUCACGACAAGGUGCAGGCUAUCUGCUAUAUCCAGCUGACACGGCAGCUGGUAUCUUGUUCAGCUGAUGGGGGAAUUGCUGUUUGGAACAUGGAUAUCAGCAGAGAAGAGGCACCUCAGUGGCUAGAAAGUGACUCCUGUCAGAAGUGUGAACAACCUUUCUUCUGGAAUAUAAAGCAAAUGUGGGACACGAAGACUUUAGGAUUGAGACAGCAUCACUGCAGAAAAUGUGGACAAGCAGUGUGUGGCAAGUGCAGUACCAAGCGGUCAAGCUACCCUAUCAUGGGCUUCGAGUUCCAGGUCCGUGUCUGCGACUCCUGCUUUGAGUCCAUCAAGGAUGAGGACCGUACUUCCUUGGCAACCUUUCAUGAAGGAAAACACAACAUUUCACACAUGUCCAUGGACAUCUCCAGAGGGCUGAUGGUGACCUGUGGGAGCGACCGGGUUGUGAAGAUUUGGGACAUGACACCAGUAGUUGGUUGCAGCCUUGCAACUGGCUUCUCUUCACGCUGAUCUCCCAACAGAGAGGUUUAUGCACCUUAUGUACAGCAAUAUGCAUCAAAUGAAUGAAAUCCUUCUUAAGAUACUACUGCAGACACUGGUUGCUUGGUUCUUCUCCUGCCACUCUUCCAGGAUGGACAGUCAUCUUUGUAGAGGACGCUUUUUCUGUUGGGCUCACCAGGACUCUCCUUGGUGUGGAAAUGCAGCUCCACAGCCUCUUGGACUAAUGAAAAAUGGCUUCCCUGCAACACAACACCCUCAAAAAGGACCCGUUGUUACCGGUUUACGUGUAGUGUUAACAACAUGCUCUCUCUGCUGAUGCAUCUUGUAUAAAUACCUUGUAGCUAAAGUGUUAUCAGCGUAAAACACGUUUAGUCAAUUCAAUUCGUGCAAAUAGUAAAGUAACUUAUUCUCUCUUCCAAAAAGCAAUUCUGUAGAAAUACUUUUGAGCAGUCACUGUCUAAACUGUCUCCAAAAGGUAUACUGGUUAUUCCUAUGGAAGGAGGAAAUACUUCUAAAAUGGCAGGUAGUUUCUUUCUGAUGAGAUAGUAAGAGAACCUUUGAUUGUGCAAGAUUUCCUUUAUUGGCUUUCUUGUAGUGUUUGUCUUCAAGUUCAGUUAUUAGUGAAAUCACUUUUGUGGGACACCUGUUUAGGUAGCUGGCAAAUCUUCAGACAAUUCUAAGCUCUUAAAUAGUUAGCAUAGGUAACAAACUUUUGUAGGUCUUAUUAAAAUGUAUAGCUCAGCUACGCUAGUUUAGAAACAGGUUAGAGGUAUGAACCAUAUGCUUUGACAGCUCUAUAAUGCUGUUAGAAUGGGAAGCUGAACAAAUCUGCCUUGUUAAGUGCAAUGGCUAAGAAAAAAUGGCCAGAUAAAGUUUAGAGACUUUUUCCUGUGGAAAGGCUGAUGAUUCUUUAAUGGUAAGCAAGCUGUCUCUGUUAAAGUGCAGCAUAAUUCUAAAUACUGCCUUGGUGUUGCUUAAAACUGACAAAUACUGAGGCUUUCCAAAGCAAUAAUUGCUGAGGUACAGAAGAGCUGCUUCCCCCACCCUGCC